AUGAACGUGUCCGUCUCCGACGCCCACCCGGACCGCGCGUCCCUCAGUCUCAACCUCUCCUCCCUCUCCGUCGCGUCCCCGACCAACAUGAGCCCCAUCAAUCCCAGCCCCCACCCGAGCACGCAGCCCAGCUCCCACGUCUCACCGAUCACACCCAUCAGUCCCUCAGGCCUCCAUGCGCAUCAUGCCCACCACCACCCCGGGCUCCAGCCGCCUUUCUCCUUCGCGCCUCCCGGGUCCGGCGCCGACCAUGCCUCCGUCCGCUACGAGGAGGCGUACGACUACUCCGGCCGUCGCCUUACUAGCUCCCGCUCCAGCUCAUCGUCGGACAAGAGCGUCCCGCGCAAGCGCAGCUUCCCGACCGUCCCUGCCUUGAGCACAAACAUCGAAGAGCCGUACGGCGAUCACUCGAUGGACGCGAGCCCGUACGACGAGGUGGAUAUGAACUAUGGCGGGCUCGAUACCGAGGGGAGCCCCGUGGACGGCAGCACGAGCGGCGGCGAGCAGGAUGACCACCUGAAGCCACUCGAGGCCUCGUCAUUACAGCAAGGCAGCGCGAGCCAGGGUGCGCAUGGUAGCAUGCCUCCCCAGGUCGGCAUGUUGGGCAAACCGCUUGGGACAAACAACUUUGUCACAAAGUUGUAUCAGAUGAUCAAUGAUCCAAAAAGCGCGCAGUUCAUUCAGUGGACGGAGCUCGGUACCAGCUUUGUGGUGUCGAAUGUGGGUGAGUUCAGUCGGACGAUCCUCGGCUCGCACUUCAAGCACAACAAUUUCUCGAGCUUCGUGCGACAGCUGAACAUGUAUGGUUUCCACAAGAUCAACCGGACGCCCCGCGCGCAGCGCACCUCCGCCGACGUGCAGACGUGGGAGUUCUCGCACCACAAGUUUCUGCGCGGGCGGCCCGACCUGCUCGAGGAGAUCAAGCGCAAGGCGCUCGAGCCCGACCCGGCGACGAAGCACCGCGUGGAGCUCCCCGGAGAGGUCGCGGCGCAGCUUGCGCAGGUUAGGGAAGAGAAUAGACGGCUGAGCUUGAUGUACCAUGCGGAGAGGGGACGCGUGGAGAGGCUGGCGGGUGUGACGAAGGCGAUGUAUGAGGUCGUGCAGAGGAUGUGGCCUGGGACGCUGCAACUCCCCUUCCCGGCCGACCUCCUCGAACCGGACAACCCGAACAUCUACAUCACCUCCCCCAACUCGGCAACACCGCACGCGGGCGGCGGCGGCUUCCUGCCCUCGCUCUCCAUGUCCGGCCCCGCGCACGCGCACACCCUGCACCACACGCACUCGCUGCACUCGCUCGGCGCGAGCCCAGGGAGCAGCCCGACCACCGCGGACUUCCCGCACCACGCGCACGGCGGCGCGCACCACUCGCACCACCACUCGCAGAGCCACACGCCCGCGAGCAGCCUCUCGCGGCAGCACUCGUUCCAGCACCUGCCGUACGAGAGCGCGGCGAUGCACUCGCACCACGGGAGCGCGUCCGGCGGGGGCGCGCACCACAGCUACGCGGGGCGCACGCCGCUGCCGCCGUCGCCGGGGCCGAUGGACCUCGACGAGCGCGUGGGCGGGGCGAAGCGCCAGCGGACGGCACCGUCGUCGGGGCUGAGCACGCCGAUCGGCGGGCUCGGCGGCGGGGAGGGCGGGAAGAAGAGCAGGGCGCGGAGCGACAGUGCGCCGCUGGGGUAUGGCGCGCUGGGCAGCGGGUGGGGCGCGGCGGGGCGGCCGAGGAGCGGGAGCGGGCUGGGGAGCGGGAGCUUGGGCGCGGGGGUGGUGGUGCCGGGAUGGGCGGAUCGGGGUUUAGAGGCGUGGGUGGGUUGA